AUGGGCUCCCAACUUGUCUCAACUGAUGCCAAAAACAAAUUAGAAGAUCUCUCCGGCAUUACGAUCUUGCCAGGCGAGAAUCCUUACCAAGCCCUCAUCAAGGCCUGCAAUGACGACCCUGCAGAGAUCCAAGCCCUCUACCACGCUCAUAGAACGAAGAGAAAUGAACAGCAAAAGGGGAAAUUUCUGAGUCCCGAGUUCAAGGAGCUCAUCAUCGAUCCUUUCCUGUUGAGAUUGGAGAAUCCGGAAAUGGAGCCCGGCUUCCAAGACCCGAGGAACUGCUUCGUUUUCUGGGCUCGCCCGCCUGAUCAUAUCGUGAGACUGGCGGCCCAUCUACAGGCCUUGCUGAAGAAAGUUGCUCCAACCAUCUGGCUCAUGCCUCAACAUAGAAUGCACCUCACGACGCUGGAGGCCACCCACUCCAAGACGCCAGAGGAAAUCGUCGCCCUUACCGACACAAUGCGCCCCGGGAUCCCCUACAUCACAGACUUUACCUACUCCCACCGUGCGCGCCUCGUCAAGCCCAUGAUUUCGCACGACCUUUCCGCCUUCGCCGUCUCCUUCCUCCCGGCCUCAGGCGAGGCGGCCACGGGCCCGCCGCCGGGACUGACAGCGGCGCAAAAGGGCGUGGUUGGAGGCGACGCGUACACGUAUCACCACCUCCGCCGUGACGUCUUUGACUUGGCACAGUCGACGGGCGUCCAGAUCGAGAGUCGGUACCAGGUUCCUAGCGCACACAUCACGCUGGGUAGGUUCUUGUCAGAUGAAGAUCACAAGACGCCCGAAGCCAGGGCGCGCUGGGUGGAGACUAUUGAUGAGAUCAACGCUUGGCUUGAGAGGGAGGUAUGGGAUCGUGAGGGGGGCGAGUGGAUUGGCGAGUGGGCUGUCGGGCAGGAGAGAGGGUUGGACGCAAGGAUUGGCACGUUGUGGUAUGGCGGUGGCAGAACAAUCAAGGUCGGCGAGGGCUACUGA